AUGGACACGCCAGAGCUCCGUCGGGUCUUCUCCAUGCUCGAUCGGAACGACGAUGGCAAGAUCAGCCGAGAGGAGCUCGGCGAGUCACUGGAGAAUCUUGGAAUCCGCGUGCCGGAGGAGGAGUUGCGUGCGAUGAUCGGGAAGGUCAACGUUGACGGAGACGGCCAGGUGGACGCGAAUGAGUUUGGCGCCCUGUACGCGGCGGCUAUGCCGAUGGCGACGGAGACGGUGAAGACGACGUGCAAGAAGCGUUCAGGGUGUUCGACCAGGACGGAGACGGGUUCAUCACUGCGGAGGAGCUGA